CUUAGCGUAUUCCACCUUUGCAAAUGUAUUCCCUAUUAAACUUUAUUUGAAAGAAAUAAGAACAAAUUGCAACAAUGCAUUUUAAACCUUGAAGUUAAAGCGUAAACAUUCAGAGCGGAUACUAUUACAUAAUCAAUAUGUGUAAUUUUGACAUUGUAUUAGUUACUAAUAUGUAAUUGUUUGAAGCUUCAAAUUUCUAUGUUGUCCUUUUGAAUGCCAUUGGCCUUGAUCGAAAGCGCUCGUCGCAUAAAGUCCAAUAAUUAGAUUCGUCCGUCUUUUGAAUACCGCAUUUGAACGGGUAUAAUAAGCAGUGGCGCAUUGACGCAAGAAAAUUGGGAGUAAUUAUGAGGCACCAGGAUAUUUUGAUUUUUCUCGGCUGUUUCGGUUUGGUGAUGAGUGCGUUUUCCGUCAGUGAUGAAAAUACUGUUCGGAACACCGUGUUCAAUGCUUCCGGAUACAAUCCCCUUACCCGUCCAGCAGCUACAACUAAAGUAAACAUCGCGCUAACCCUGACUAGCAUUGAUGAACUGGAUUCAGAAAAUGACAUUUUUGGUGCGUCAGGCUGGAUGAAUGUUAAAUGGAUGGACGAACGAUUAGCAUGGGUCCCAGCCACAUAUGGAGGAAUACAAAACGUCUUUGUGCAAAGGACACAAAUCUGGAAACCAGAAUUAGCUGUUGAGAGUCUAUAUGAAGAUCUAAAUUCUUACGACGAAAGCAGUAACGUUCGAUACGAUUACACCGGGAAGGCUACGUGGCAACAACGGCGACACUUCAAAUUAUAUUGUAAGAUAAGAAAAGAGUUUUAUCCGUACCAAAGGCAAACCUGUACAUUGGAUGUGGUUGGGUCGAGUUAUAACAUUUCAGAAGUUAAUCUUGGAUUCAUUGACACUGCCAUCGACACACAAUUCAUGCGCGAAGCCGAAGACUUUAAAGUCACAGAGACUGGAAAGGACAGCUCGACAGUGGUUGUAAGAUUCGAUAAUGAAACAUUGUUAGAAUAUCCGAAAUUGGAAUUUCGGAUCAAUAUAGAACGAGCCUACAAAGAGCAUUAUAACGUAUUAUUGUAUCCACUGUUUUCGACGACAUUCGGGAUGGGGCUGACCUUCUCCAUUAAAGCUGACAUUGGCGAUAAACUUUCAUUUGCCUUGGGCCUAUACCUCGCUCAAAUAUUUAUGCUGCAAAUCAUGCCAGUUAUGAUGCCAGAAGACUUUAUCAGACACAACGUUUUAGGAAGUAUGCAUUAUUUUUCAGUCGUUGCUGCCAUCGAGGUCAUAGUUAUCACUUGGUUGUUACAUGUCAUAAGUUCCAAAAUUAAUGAAUCAUCACGUCCAAGACUAGCAAGAUUUAUUGGGAAAUUGGGUUAUAGAGCAACAUUCAUCCUUUGUUGCUCUUCAAGGAGAGAGAAGUUGCGUAAAGCUGUAUAUAGCCCAGUCUGUAGUAGUGAGGAACCAAUAACUAGUAAUAUGACAACAAUAACAAGUGAUUCAACUUCAAGCACAACAGAAAGCAAAACGAUGACUGACGGCACAAAUCCAGAAAAUUUAACCAUCGGAGGAAAUAUUGUGGUGGAUGCUACAUCACUUUUUGAGGACCUGAUGCUGAUUGUUUAUUUCGUUCAAUAUUUUGCGUAUCUUGCAUAUUUUCUUCUUGCUUUAAGGGGUUUUUACUUUCACGAAUUGCAUCAAUUGCAUUAG